AUGGCUCAGAAACCACAGCGAGCGAUCAGACGGGAUAUAGAUGAAGACGACAGCGACAAUCAUGAUGCUGCUGCUGCUGCUGCUGCUAAAGAUGAUGAUGAUGAUGAUGAUGAAGCUGGUGUCCCAUCGUCGUCAUUGUGA